GAUCAUGGACGGAAGAACAUUCCAAACCGGUGUAUCCAAAGGACAAUCUACUACACGUCCUCCAUUCUUCGAUGGUACAAAUUAUGCAUAUUGGAAGGAAAGAAUGAGGAUAUUCAUACAAUCAAAUGAUUUCGACUCAUGGAUGGUAAUCAAGCAUGGAAACACUACCCCUGCAAAUAUUGUUGAUGGAAUUCGUGUUCCCAAGUUGGAAUCCGAAUAUGAUGAUCAAGACAAGAAAAAUGUCAUGCAAAAUGCCAAAGCCAUCAACUAUCUUUAUUGUGCAGUCAACCCUGAUGAUUAUAGAAAGAUAUCAAGAUGCAAAUCCGCCAAUGAGAUGUGGACUAAACUCGAAGUCACUUAUGAAGGUACAUCUCAAGUUAAAGAUGCUAAAGUUGAUAUCUUAUUGCAUGGAUACGAAUUAUUCUCAAUGAAGGAGAAUGAAAGCAUUGAUAGUUAUUUUGAGAGAUUCUCUACAAUCAUCAACAAUCUUGACACGCUCGGAAAGUAUUACACCGAUCAUGAGCUUGUCCGGAAAAUUCUACGUUGUAUGAAUCCUGAGUGGAAAUCCGAGGUGAAUGCCAUAACUGAAGGAAGAGACUACACUGUCUUAACUUAUGAUACUCUUCGUGGGAAACUACUCACAUAUGAAACUACUACUCCUCAUCUACGUGGUGAAGACAAGAGGAGGAAAUCUAUAGCAUUGAAAGCCACCAAGGAAGUUGUACAAGAAAAUGAAGAAGAUGAUGAUGAAUCACUUAAUUCAGAAGAUAAUCCCGAACUUGCACUUGUCAUCAAACGCUUCAACAAGUUUAUCAAGAAAAGCUUCAAGCCAAGGAGAGACAAUGGUAAGAAAGCUACACCACCUAAAUGUGGUGAGAUAGGGCACAUCAAGCCUUAUUGUCCUAAGUUGAAGCAAGGGAAGGACAAGAAGUUCAAGAAGAAGCAAAAAGCAUACAUCUCAUGGGAGAAUGAUCAUUCAUCUUCCGAAACAAGUGAUGAGGACGAAGAAACAGCAAAUCUUUGUCUAAUGGCUACCGAGGAAGAGGUAUCUUCUAAUUCUUUUUCAACUCCUUUAUCAUCUUCAAGUGAUUGCUUUUCAUUGGAUGAUUUACAUAGUGCAUUUAGUGAUCUCUAUGGUGAAUUUCUCAAAUCCACCAAAGAAACUAAGCUUGCCAAAGAAAAUGUCACAUUUUUAGAAGCUCAAAUAAUUGAACUUAAUAAAGAGAUGGACUUAUUGAAACUUGAAAAUAAGAAACUUGGCAAGCGUCCUCAACGUGAUUUGCUUAGAGACGGUGGAGAUGGUGGUUUAAACAUAUGGGGCUUGCGCCAUCUGCAGUAGGAAAUUUGCCAGAAACGCAUGCAUAACAGGGUCCGGCUGAACUUCCACAUUUUGUUUCAUGUUCUGAGUCUCGUUUUAGUUGUUAGAAGCUCUCCUCGUUCUAUACAGGUCAAACUUUUCAAAUUAGAUACUAACACAUAGAAACAAAUAAUAAAGUUUAUUUACCUUCCUAGGGCAAAAGAGUUGUGAGAGAUGAGAAUACAGCUACUGAGUACAU